UUGAUGAGUAGUUUAAUACAUGUUUGGUUAACUCUGACCUCCUGUGGAUCCCAGCAGUACCAUGCCCUGACUGUCCCAGAACUAACCCAACAAAUGUGGGAUGCAAAGAAUAUGAUGUGCGCUGCAGACCCAAGACACGGUUGCUACGGGGCAAGAUGAUGAGCACCAAAUAAGAACUCUUUCUACUUUGUUGAGUGGAUUCUAAACAUUGUCCAAUCUAUCGUCUGCGACAUUCCACCAAGAGGGCUCCCAAUGGCAUCCGCUUUUAUUUGGAACUCAACCUCCAUCCAGGAAAUGUUUAGGAGAGUGAGUGAACAGUUCACUGCCAUGUUUAGGAGAAAAGCUUUCUUGCGCUGGUAUACCGGUGAAGGUAUGGAUGAUCGAGAUGGAGAUGUUACUGAUGACGAGGAAGGUGAAUACGAGGAGGAGAAGGAAAUGGAGCACACGUGAUGAGAGCAUGAUAGAACACAAAGGAACCAUGUUAUAUAUGAUAUGAUGCAUGUGUAUUUCUGCCAGCUAUGUGAGUGAAAAACCUUUCUCUAAGAUUGUAUUUGUCCAUGAAGUGCGUCUGUAGGGUAAGGAGAAUCACCAUGUUCUCACAUGUGUAUUUCUACCUGCAUGUGUAUUUCUAUUGUUUAAAACAUGGCAUAAAGCAUGAGAUGACAG